AUGGAAACCAAACCACCAAUCAGUAAUAAUAUCGCUGAGUUCCAUCCAGGAAGUGACCUUGCUGCACACGCAUUGAUGGGGGUGAUCAAAUCAGACGUCUGUCCAUCCAAAUGUACAGUUGAAAACAUUCCGAAACAACUCCUGAAAGGUGAAUCUGUCAAGCUGCUCAUCACGACCAGAGAUUCCAGAGGAAAACAAGUCAUUCCUCGUCAAGAUCUCACAGUGAAGUCAAUAAAUCCUGAUGCAUCAUGGGAAGACAUUGAUGUUACGGACAAUUACAAUGGGACUUUUCAAGUGAUGAUAGUAGAAAAAAUGGUAGAAACACAUCAAGUUGCCAUAACGAUUGGGAACCAACAUAUUCCAGGAUCGCCUUUCAAUAUUUCUGUUCCAACCAGAGGGUGGGUACAGACAGUGGGAAAAGUAGCAACUGAUGGAAAGUUUGGAUAUCCUUGGGGACUAUCGAAUAAUAAACAUGGUGACUUUGUCACAGCUGACACAGGGAAACACAGAGUGACCAUUCAUGACAGAGACGGAAAUUACAAACAAUCAUUCAGAUUUACUGAUCAGUUUGCAAAGCGAUUCAGUCCAUGUGAUGUAGCAAUAUCAGAUGAUAAUGAAUACUAUAUGUUAGAUGAUAGUAACAAACAAGUAGUUGUGAGUGAUGAAAAUGGAAAGAUGAUUAGAAAGUUUGGUAGCUCUGAAAUUGAUAAUCCGUGUGGAAUUGCAAUUAAUCCUGUUAAUAAGAAUGUGUAUGUGAGUGAGUAUGAGAUUGAUUGUAUUAGAGAGUAUACCCAGGGUGGCGUGUAUAUAAAUUCAUAUGGAAAGAGUGGGAGAGAGCAGAGAGAGUUCAAUGGGCCUUACAUGUUAGCUACUAACAGUAAAGGGUUGGUGUAUGUGCCAGAUCAUUUCAACCACCGUAUCCAGGUAUUCAAUUCUGAUGACCAGUAUAUGUUUGAAUUCUCUUCAACAGGUGACAGUACACUGAGUUAUCCAAAAGCAGUGGCCAUAGAUAAGAAAGAUUAUGUAUAUGUGAGUAGUGAUCAUAAAGUCACUAAGCAUGACGGCUAUGGUCAGUUUAUUUGUAGGAUUGAUAGUGAGAAAGAUAGACUGAGUGAUCCCUGUGGUGUAGCAGUGAGCCUUGAUGGUAGAAUAGCUGUAGUGGACAACAACAGUGAUUGCAUCAAAGUAUUUGUAGAGUGA